AUGCCCUGGGCUCAGACUCAGACUCCGGAGGGACCUCCGCAUCCGCCAUGGUUGGUUCUGAUACGGCAACUCGAGCGAAAUUUCAUGGGCAACUUUGGCAUCCAAUGGGUACCGUACCUUGAAGCAGGGACGGUGGCGUUUGGAUUCUCCUACUCCCGGAAAAUGAAUGCUGCCACCUCCCAAGACGAGGACGAGGCUUGGCCAUGUCCCAAUAGCCUUGACCUCGUCAGAGCAGAGAGCCACGCUGAUGUGCGCCUUCUGGGGCUUGACAACCCGCCGAGAAUGUCUCAGAGAAAACGUUCAAACCCGGCCCUCAACGUGGCAACAUUUCUGGUUGCAGCCGGUGUGGCACAGACAAAUUGGACAGGGCACGGCACCAAGGCACAUCAACUUGAGGUUAACGCCCGUUCGCAUGGUUUUAAACACGUCGAGAGGUGUGGCCCAAAUACGUGCUACGUGCAUGGAUUGGCCUGGGCCCUGGAGACGGCAAUGACGAGAGGGAAGUUCCUCAGCAAUCGAUGGGACCGUCUAUCUCAUCGGCAGAGCUCCAGCAUGAUGUCACGGACCGGAUGCUCAGCCAGCCGCGCGCUGUACCAUCGCAGCUCAACCCAGCACAAAAGCAAGUGCCCCCAGGCUCAACCGCGGCGUAUCUCCGCCGUCCAAUACGGCAAGGCCACCCCCAGCCAGUGGCUUUUGGGUCACAUCUUGAGGCUCCUGGAUGAUCGCCGAUGGCUUUUGGCGCAUUCUGGUCUCGACCUUGUCCCUCCGAGUUCAAGGUUUGCCGAGUCCCUGGCACCGGGCGGCCGUUUUGCCUCCACUGCCUACUUUGUUGCCUCCAAAACUCAAGCACCAAACCCUCCGGAGCUUGAGUCCGAAUACCCACAAGGGCGUCACAGGGCUUUCCCAUUCCCAGUCCAAGAGGCAGAUGCAAGCCUGGCAGAUAACGUGCUGUUUGUGCGGGCUAGGUCUCGGACUCUGGGUACCUGGGCGGCGCACCUUCGGGAGAUGGACGCAAUUAACUUGGACCCAAGCCUAAGCAGCUUCAGGUCGUCAGCUCGCAUGACCCCGCUUCACAAUGCAACGUCGAACCAGGAUAAGUUUGACGGGGAAAUGAUCCGCGAUGCAUCGGAAAACAAGAGUCAACGGUCUCAAGCGCAAACCUUGAAGAUUCUGAUCUGGGGUGUCGACAAUUGA